GACAGCCAGGGUGUGCGAGAGAGAGAGCGAGAGAGAAAAGUUUCACCCGUUUAGGCUGAGUUGCUAUGUAGAGUGACAACACCUGCAUACCUGGUUUGCCUGUCUUCUCUGAGUUACAUGCUCUACAUUUUCUAAGUGACUGUAUUUUAUAUGUUAAGAAGAAAUGGCAGAUUUUCCUGGGAAGGUUAACACUCAGACAAGCUUACCUGAACCUCAAAGAAGUUUCGGAAUCCCAUUUUAUAUUGAUGUGAACUUCAUCAAGAGCAUUCCUGGUAUUUUACUUCUGCUUGAGAUCGUUUGUGGAUUACUGGUGUGGGCACUGAUUGCCAGUACCCUGUACACUGUGUUUCCUGCCUAUGGCUGGGUGAUGUUUGUCAGUGUGACACUGUGGCUUCUAAGCAUCGUCCUGUUUGUUAUACUCUUCCUGGGUUUGGAUGAGAAGCUGCCCUCAGUGCCCUGGCCUUUUGUUCUAUUGGUGUUCUACGCAGCUGCAACUGUUUUGUAUCUCACAGCCUUUUUGACUGAUGCAGCAUCAGUCCCUGCCCCUUGGAAUAAUCAACAUAAUAAUCUAGGAGCUUCUGCAUUUUUUGCUAUAGUUGUGACCCUAUUAUAUGCAGCUAGCAGCUUCUUUGCUUAUUUGGGCUGGAGGGGGGAUGGACAAAACGCUGCUGGGACUACAGUUCCCGUGUAGACCUUCUUCUAGUCAAAACACUCUCAUUGUGGAUGUACACUUUCCUUGUGUGAAGGGACAUUACUCCUCUUCAGAGGUGACAUAACUAGUUUCAGUUAUGUCCAGCAUAAAAUGCUAGAUGGUUUGUGGCGUGAACGUUGUGUGUACAAAAACCCAAACCCCCACAUAUAGAUUUAACUAUUUUUUUGUAUAUAAAAAAUGCCAUGUAAAAAAGUAUUGAAGUGACAAAGUUACUUACAUUAUUUGUUAAUCGUUUUAAAGGUGCAAUGUGUCAUUUUUAGAAGGACCUCUUGACAGAAAUGCAAAAUAAUAUACAAAACUAUAUUAUCAGGGGUGUAUAAAGGCCUUUUAUGAUGAACCGUUAUGUUUUUAUUAUCAUAGAAUGAGACGUUUUUAUCUACAUACACAGAGGGGUCCCCUUAUGUGAACGUCGCCAAUUUGUGCCGCCAUGUUUCUACAGAAGCCCUUAACGGACAAACUUUUUUUACUAGGUUGUCUCAGUCAAUGACAUGUUUUCCGGUGGCGGCUACCAUAGCUUCUCUAUGCUUUUGACUGAGCCGUUGCUUGUAAUUCACAACCUCACCACUGGAUGCCGCUAAAAUUUACACACUGCACCUUUAAGCAAUUAUGACCUUUUUUGAUAAAAUGUAAUUAAAGAAUCACUGCAUUUAUUUCUUUUAUACACACACACACACACACAUACACAGUUUUACAGCAUUCAUCUACAGCGAGUUCUAGGUAAAGAGAGAAGCAAAAAGACGGAAAUGUGUACUGUAAACAUCAGCAAAACUAAGUAUUUUUGUUUUGGGAGUCAUUCUUUCUCAUUUCAUGUAAAUUUGGUUGUCAUCAAAAAUACAGGGACUGGCAGAAAAAACAUCAGAUACACCGGAAAAGUAUGAAUGUAUGACAUUUUUUGCAUUGUUUUAAAGGGUCAUCAUUAGUGAUGCCUGGUGUAUUGUUUUUACAUUGCAAUAUUUUAGCUGGGCAAACUUGAGGAUGUUUCUUCUAGAAUUAUUGUCAUAUCAGACACAUUGUAUAAUACUUUUUAAAUGAUUUUUUAGCCCUUUUAAUUAAUUAAGUGAAAAUUAAAGAUGCUUUAAAAGAUGGAAGAAAAUAAAGCGGUUUUCAGUUAUAAAAGAAGUGAACAUUUUGAGCAAACUCAAACUCUAGGAGUUGCUCACAGCCUAUAGCCAGAGUCGUACUCAUUAUAGUUUUCUGUGUGCAUUUGGUCAAAAAGCAAUAUUGUUUUGCUGCACAGUAUAGGCCAACAAUAUAUGAACAACUAAUCGAGACUCAGACAGAUUACAGGAACACUGUUAUUGAAAUUAUACUUGAUAAGGGCAUACCAGUGUCUCAUGUUUAAAAACCUAAAUGAAAACUGGCUUCCCUUUUGUCAAACUGUCAAUGUGAACAUAUUUGUCUGAGCUUUGUCAGAACGGAAUUUUUAAUAAAUAUUUAUCUUUUUAAAUUAA